UACACACAACGUGCAAGCAAUGAAUGCCUCUUGUUUGUAACUCUGCAAAACUAAAAUGAGUGUGUGUGUGUGUGUGUGUGUGUACACGUGUAUGUAUUAUUUCAAAAGGUUUCUUAAAAUUACAGGAAUUAGUACCAAUACAGAGCAAUGUGCUAGUUACUGAAAUGUGGUAUUUUCCCUGUAUCUGCAAAACCUGUGUGUAGAUUUCGUGGGUUGUUAAACAGAAUUUUUUUAAUGAUGAAAAUGAUCUCACCUUAUUGCUGAUGUUGAAUUUCUAGAGAACUCAUUUUGCGUCCCUGCCUCUCUUCUCCAUGUUUUAAGCAGGGCUGACAGGGUCCAGGCUUAGAGAAAUUGUCUUUAAAUAUAAAAAAGAGUAAUCAUUCUGGAAAAUGAGAGGGAAGAGGGAUUUUUUUAAAGCUCUCAGCUAGGGGAGACUUUCACUGAGAGAGUUGCACAACUCUGCCUCCAGUUAUGUAAAUGGAAAAACUCCUAAUAGGAGUAAAAUGGGAGCAGAGUUAUUCCAAAGCUGAGUUGGGCUUUUUGUUGUUUUUUUUUAUUUUUUGAAACCCACCCCAAACAGUUAAUUAUGCUCCAACACUUUGCAGUCCCUUUUAGACCAGAAAGGAAAUGUUGAAAUGUGGGUGGAAAACCCCGAGAUAUGAGAUUUGGUUCAUGCUCUUCCUCCAACUCCAUCAAGCUUCACUGAGCAAAAUAAGAUGACCCCGUGAUUUCUCUGCAGCUUCAGGCCAUUUCCACAGCCCAGGGAUUUCCACAAUAUUUCCAGUCGCUCGUGGACCUGACUCUGGAGGGUGAUAGGAGCCCUGUACGCUCCCCGCUGUCAGCCAGAUUUCUCCUCUUGUGCUUGUUUCAAUAAUGUUGUGAUACGAAGAGAGUGGGUCAGGGUCCGAAUGGUCUCUUGUAACCUCUCGCCCAUGUUCCUGUCGGUCAGCAUUUUCACAGCUUGGGACUGCCAUGUUCAACAUGGCAAAACAAGCUGUCAGGCUGAUUUUUUUUUACAAGCCUACUCUCUCGAGAACUCAUUAUUCCUGCUGGAUCUGACUUUCUCUAAGCAAAGUGAGAGCUCCAGAGAGAGGAGAAAAUGGAGGUUUUUUAACACACAAAUCACAAGUUUCCAGCAUAAAAAAGGAAAGGGGUUUAGUGCAAAAAUUCCAAGGAAAAAAUGUGUUUUUUUUUCCAACCACCUCAUGUAUAACUCACACUAGGAUGCAAGUCUCUGCCUCCUCCACACCUAGGCUACAUGGCAGCAAAGGAGUCUACUCUAGUUGUCAACUGAUGGAGCCGAAAGAGGGAAAUGCUUUUGAACCCUGAAAGUCACAGGUUCAAACAUUGCUGAGAGGCAUGGGUAUUUUAUGCGGUCUGAGCAAUCAUUAACUUCAUUUGUUCUUUGAACAACCUAUAGCUGCCAGGUUUCCCAUACAAGCAGCAAGUAGCAUUUGCAGUGCAUAACCCCAUGAAUUUGGGGACUACUUUUAGUAUUUACUGCCACUCAACAGGGCUAUUGGCUCCAAGAGUCGGGUCCCUGUUUAUAAAAGAGAGUGCACACCACGGUGCCGUUGCUUCAGGAAGCUAAAAUUACAACACCGUGGUGCGAGCUACCAGGAUGCCGUUUGCUAAAUGCUUGGAUUCAGAUGAUUUCUGCCCUGCAGAUUGCCACGUGGCAGCGCACGCUGCGUCCCAAACUGUCGUGCAAGGGGUGACGGGGCAGUCCGUCAGGCUACCCUGCUACUACCGUGUUGGAAGAGCGAGUGACGUCUCCGUCAUGUGCUGGGGCCGGGGCAGCUGCCCAAAUUCAAAGUGCAACAAUGAGAUUAUCCGUACCGAUGGGAUGAGGGUCGUAUCUUCGAAGUCUAUGAGAUACCAGCUAACGGGUCACCUGGACAUGGGGGACGUGUCUCUGACCAUAAGGAACGUGAAGGAAGGAGACAGGGGAGUAUAUUGCUGCCGUAUAGAGGUCCCCGGUUGGUUCAAUGACAUCAAACAAAACCUGGAGUUGAAGGUCGAGAGAGCAGUCACAACUUCUCAUCCUCCUCAUCCUCCGACAACUACAACCCUGGUUCCCGCAGUGGUGACAACCCACCCAGCAAUGCCUCCUGCCUUCCCAACGGGCCCGGCUCUCCUGCAUACGACUCUUGCUCCCCAGACAACUGAUUUGGAGACGACCGAGGCCUGGCCGGGAAGCUACGGCGUGACGGAGCUCGCUCGCACUUGGGGCUGGUUCAUCCCGUGGUUUUAUGAUGGUAAUCUGGCCCACCCGACAAAAAGUCUCAUCGUUACAGGGACUGAUCUGCCAGCUACUGUCCAGGACCCCCCUGACCAGACAGCUGUGGAUUAUACUUCUCACGCUCCAUUUUCCACAAGAGACACCCCUCUUUGUAUCCUGGCAGCAGCCCGAGAGACUAUGCCAGAGCCACAACACUGUGAGCCCCCAGAAAACACAGAUAACCCAGGACAGCUGGAGCAGGGGAUCCCACUACUGCCCCUCUUCACUGGAGGGGCAGUUCUUCUCGCAUUGCUGCUGCUCUUACUUUUCCUGUGGAGAUGUCAACACAAGAGGAGCUAUCAGCUGACUGUUACAGAAAGCACGAAGCCCUCUGAAGACCCGGAGAAAGCUUUCAGUGGCGUAGAAGGAGAAAACGGCCUUUUCACUCUGUGAGACAGACCUCGCUGCCUUGGGAAAAGUGUCGCAAAGCCACGGGCAUCGAGAAGAAUCUCCUUUGUGCUCUGCUGAGAAAUAAAGGCGACUUCCUCACUCUCCCUGGCAGCUACAAUGGGUGCAAACCCCAGGCGCUUCAACUGUGAAGAGUUUAAAGUCUGGAUGUAAAUUUUGCCUCUCGCUGGGUGCAUCUACACGUUCGUUAAUGCACAGUAGUUAAUGCCCAUUUAGUUUAGUACUUGCUUAAUGAAGUGCUAACUAAAUGCACAGUAGUGGUGGUGCACCGUUGUUUUGUGAUGCUUACUGCACAGUAGUCUAAAUAACGCCACACAGGAGCAAAUUAGCAUCGUUUUUGACCAGUGCGCUACUGCGCGGUGUUAUUAGGCUACUGCGCAGUAAAUGUCUCCUAUUCUUAAGCCACAGACCUGGAUCCCCUCGCUUCAGAGUUACCUUAACAUGUGAGGGCAAUCUUGCUGAUGCUGCAAGAAGUAUUUAGGGGUUUAAAGCGACGUGCCCGCUACUAACAGCUGCUGCUGCAUUGGGUCCUGUCUUACUGCUACCUUGUGUUUCCCCCUUAUUGCACUCACCUUCCUGCCUGAAUGCAGCCUGGCGGGGGGCAAACAGGCAAGAGGCAGCCCCUGGGUGAUUAACAAGUGUUGCUGUGUAAAAAACAACCAAUGCAAAACUUAGUUCACCUGUGACUUUUGUACCUGGAGUGAAAACCACAACACGAACAGCACUGGUCUGAAGCGAGAGCGUGCAGACA